UCUAUGUUGCAAAAGCUCCGGCUUAGGUACAGGAAGUCCUUCAGUGUGAGAUCUGAAACAUCGAUCGUGCAUGUGAAGGACAAGGCAUGCAGCACCAGUGACGACAUCGAUGAUAUGGAGGAGUACAACAAUGAUGAUGACUUUGUGAUGUCUUACAAGGACCAGAUGAAGACCCCUCCAAAAGAGAAGAAAAAUCCAUCACUAAUUAAGGUCCAGUCAAGGAAGGGCAGAUGCGUGAGAUCUGUGUUGCAAAAGCUGGGGCUUAGGCACAGGAAGUCCUUCAGUGUGAGAUCUGAAACAUCGAUCGUGCAUAUGAAGGACAAGGCAUGCAGCACCAGUGACGAUUUGUGUGAGGAGCAUCCUCAGGCCUCAGAAGAAGGGUCAAAACCAUCGUUGGUUGCGGUCCCGUCAAGGAGGCACAGAUACAUGGUAGCCAUAUUGCGCAAGCUAGGCGUUCGGUGCUCCGUUACCUCUACAAUCAAUGAAAUGUCUGAAACAACGCUGCAAAAGUCCUGUGACACUAAUGACGACAUCGAUGAUAUGGAGGAGUACAACAAUGAUGAUGACUUUGUGAUGUCUUACAAGGACCAGAUGAAGACCCCCCAAAAAGAGAAGAAAAAUCCAUCACUAAUUAAGAUUAAAACUUGA